GUUCACCGCGAAAGAUAUCCAUCCAGUACCAGGUACCACUCGAUACUCUCCUAGCCGGAUGACAUUGACAGUGGGAGCGACUACAAGCGAAGCUGGCUCAAUGCGGUCGCGGUCAAGAAUUAAAGUAGUGGUCCGAGCGUGCUCGUGACGGGCCCUUGUAGCUAGGUCGAGCCGCACGCGCGGAGAGAGAGAGAGUGAGAGCGACGUCUUGCCUUCCCUCAUUAUUUAUUAACCCAUUCACAACCCCUCCCUCUAUCCACCCACGGGCUUCCUGUUCAUGGAAGACACCACCCUUUCCUUUCCUCAUAGCUGCGCGACUUAGGUGGAGUCGAAAAUGGCGAUGCAGCAACAGCCAGCCCCGCUGGCCUCGACUUUGGACCGCAUUGUCCAUGAGCUUCGAUCCAAGAACGAUGACCAGAGGCACAAGGCUGCACAUAAGGUGCGCCAAACGGUCGAAAAUGCCCACCGAGAACUCGCACCCCAGGUUUUUGCACCUUUCUACGAUAAUGUCAUCUUACGUAUAUCCCAACUCAUGGUCGCCGGCAACGAUUCCAGCGAACGCAUCGGUGGCAUAUACGCCCUCAACUCCCUCAUUGACUUCCGCGGCGAUGAUGCCGGUCAGAAAACGACGCGUUUUGCGAGCUAUCUCAAGGCGGUGCUACGCGGUUCAGACAACUCCGCCAUGGUAGCCGCCGCCAUGGCUCUCGGUCGUCUGGCAAAACCCGGGGGAACACUGGCCGCCGAGGUGGUCGACGCCGAGGUCAAAUCAGCCCUCGAGUGGUUGCAGAUGGAACGCUCCGAGAGUCGCAGGUUCUCUUCUGUACUCAUUCUGCGCGAAUUGGCCAAAAAUUCCCCGACGCUCAUGUACCAGUGGAUUGCACAGAUAUUCGAAGUCAUAUGGGUAGCCCUCCGUGAUCCUAAGGUUCUCAUCCGAGAGUCCGCUGCCGAGGCCAUCAGUGCCUGCUUCGAAAUUAUAUCCCCACGAGACCUGCAACAGCGCACUCAAUGGUUUGGAAGGGUUUACGAAGAAAUAUUGAAGGGUUUCGGGCUGAACACAAACGAGGCUGUACAUGGGAGUUUGUUGACGAUGAAGGAACUCCUCGACAAGAGUGUCAUGUUUAUGAAUGAAGCAAAGUAUAAAGAGACGGUCGAGGUUGUGCUCAAGUACAGAGAUCAUCGCGACCCUCUAGUGCGACGAGAAGUGGUCCUCAUUAUCCCCAUUCUCGCCAGUUACUCUCCCACCGAAUUCGCUAGCAAGUACUUGCAUCAGUGUAUGCUGCACCUGCAAGGCCUUAUAAGGAAGGACCGAGAUCGAGAUAAGGCGUUUGUUGCAAUCGGUCAAAUUGCGAACGCUGUAGGUGUAUCGAUUGCACCAUACCUCGAAGGCAUCCUCGGCUUUAUACAUGACGGUCUUUCAGCAAAAUCCCGCAAUAAAGCCAUCAACGAAGCCCCUAUUUUCCGAUGUCUUAGUAUGAUUGCGGCAGCAGUGGGCCAGGCUUUGAGCAAAAAUGUGGAGCGGCUACUGGAUCCCAUAUUUUCCUGCGGACUCAGCGAUUCCUUGACCCAAGCAUUGGUGGACAUGGCACAUUAUGUACCCCCUUGUCGGCCUGUGAUUCAAGAGAAGCUGCUGGAUCUCCUGAGUCAAAUUCUUGCCGGGCGACACUAUCUACCUUUGGGAAGUCCAUAUCAAGUCUCGCAACCGCCACAGAUCUGGACACGCGACCACAAAGAUCCCCAAAUCAUCUUACAACGAGAAGCGGAAAUAGCGCUGGCGCUUCAUACGCUUGGAAGUUUCGAUUUCACCGGCCACGUUCUCAAUGAAUUUGUUCGCGAUGUGGCCAUUCGUUACGUCGAGGCAGACAGCACAGAGAUUCGAAAGCGUGCUGCUCUAACGUGUUGUCAGCUUUUCGUCAAAGAUCCGAUCGUUCAUCAAACCAGUGUCCAGGCAACGAAAGUCGUGGGCGACAUCAUAGAGAAGUUGUUAACAGUUGGUGUGGGAGAUGUAGAACCAGACAUUCGAUGGGAGGUAUUGAUAGCUCUCGAUGCUCGAUUUGACAGACACCUUGGCAAAGCAGACAAUAUCCGGACUUUAUUUUUGGCCUUGAACGACGAAGUUUUCGAUAUCCGAGAAGCUGCCAUGACUAUCGUUGGUCGAUUAACGACCGUCAACCCCGCAUAUGUCUUUCCAUCCCUGCGUAAAGUCCUACUGCAGCUUUUGACCGAGGUCAACUAUUCAAACAGCCCUCGGAGCAAGGAAGAAAGCGCGAAGCUCAUCAGCAAUCUUGUGGGGGCUGCAGACCAUCUGAUCAAGCCUCUGGUGAGUCCCAUUGUGGACGUUUUGUUGCCAAAAGCAAGGGAUCCCAACCCAGAAGUUGCAUCGACCACACUGAAAGCUAUCGGCGACUUAGCUACCGUUGGCGGAGAGGGUAUGAUCAAGUACAUUCCGGACCUCAUGCCGAUCAUCCUAGAGUUCAUGCAGGAUCUGAGCUCCGAUUCAAAACGAUUCGCCUCGCUGCGUGCAUUGGGACAACUAGCUACAAACGCCGGUUACGUGAUGGAGCCAUACCGAGACUACCCUGAACUCAUGAAUAUCCUUAUGAAUAUCGUCAAAGCAGAACCGGAGAGCGACCUUAGGCGGGAAACUGUAAAACUCAUGGGAACAUUGGGAGCUCUGGAUCCGGAUGAGUACCAGAAGAUUAUGGAACAAUCUCCGGAUACGCAAUUGAUCAGCGAGGCCCAAGCUGUGACGGACGUUACCUUGAUCAUGCAAGGCAUUACGCCGUCGAACGAGGAAUACUACCCGACCAUUGUGAUUAAUACUCUGAUGAAUAUGCUGAAAGAUCCGUCACUGUCACAAUUCCAUUCGGCCGUCGUCGAAGCUGUGAUGAACAUUUACGCUACUAUGGGGCUAAAGUGCGUUCCGUUCCUCAAUCAAGUGGUUCCGAUGUUUCUGCAGGUCAUCGCUGCUGCUCCCUCUGGUCGGACAGAGGGCUACUUUAACCAACUCGGUCAAUUGGUUCGUAUUGUACGACAGCACAUCCGCCCAUAUCUUAAAGAUAUCCUCGCCGCAAUCAAAGAGUUUUGGGACAGCACUCCGCAGUUGCAAGCUACGAUUUUGUCGCUUAUAGAAUCAAUUGCCCGAUCACUAGAAGGCGAGUUCAAGGUUUAUCUAGCCGAUGUGUUACCGCUGAUGCUUGGUGUCAUGGAAACCGAUACUAGUGCCCAGCGGACCCCUUCUGCAAGGGUGUUGCAUGCCUUUCUUAUCUUUGGCUCCAGUGCUGAGGAGUACAUGCAUCUCAUCAUCCCGGUAAUGGUCAAGAUGUUCGACAAAUCAGGCCAGCCAAUCCAUCUCCGGAAACUCGCCAUGGAGACACUGGGUCGACUGUCUAAACAGGUCAAUGUUUCUGAGUUCGCUGCGAGAAUCAUCCACCCAGUGUGCCGGGUGCUUGCAGGCAACGAACCCUCUAUCAAACAGAGCGCACUAGAAAUGCUUUGCGCUCUGAUAUUCCAACUUGGUCCCGACUACAUUCACUUCGUCCCGACUGUCAAUAAGAUCUUGAUUGCUUAUAAAGUUCCGCAUGAGAAUUAUGGGCGGAUUGUUUCCAAGCUUCAAAAGGGCGAGCCAUUACCUCAGGAUCUCAGUCCUGAUGAGCGAUAUGGAGAAGACGACGAGGAUAUGAACCCAGCUGAAAUCCUCAGUAAGAAAUUAGCUGUCAACCAACAGCAUUUAAAGUCUGCUUGGGAGGCUUCAGCAAAGACGACAAAAGAAGAUUGGGUCGAGUGGAUGCGACGUUUCAGCGUGGAGUUACUUAGAGAGUCACCCCAACAGGCACUUCGCGCUUGUACACCCUUAGCCAGCGUGUACAGCCCAAUCGCUAGAAGCCUUUUCAAUUCAGCUUUCGUGUCGUGUUGGACCGAGCUGUAUGAUCAGUAUCAAGAAGAGCUGGUGCGGUCAAUUGAGACCGCUCUUACGUCACCCAUGAUCCCACCGGAGAUCCUACAGAUAUUACUGAAUCUCGCAGAAUUCAUGGAGCACGACGACAAGGCUUUGCCAAUCGACGUUCGGAUCCUAGGUAUGUAUGCUGGCAAAUGUCAUGCUUUCGCAAAGGCGCUGCAUUAUAAAGAGUUGGAGUUCAAUGCCGAACAAAACGCCAGCGCAGUUGAGGCCCUUAUCAGCAUCAACAACCAGCUCCAGCAAACAGAUGCUGCGUUCGGUAUUCUGCGUAAGGCGCAGGGUUACCAAGACGUAGAAUUGAAAGAGACAUGGUUUGAGAAAUUGCAACGUUGGGAAGAGGCAUUAACAUCGUAUCAACGCAGAGAACGUGAAGAGCCAGAUUCCUUCGAGAUAACCAUGGGAAAGAUGCGCUGUUUGCACGCUUUGGGCGAGUGGGACCUGCUGUCUAGCCUCAGCAAAGAGAAAUGGGCCAACGCUUCUCAGGAGUAUCGCAAAGCAAUCGCACCACUAGCUGCAACUGCAGCAUGGGGCCUAGGAAAAUUCGCAGAUAUGGAUUCAUACCUAGGAGUUAUGAAGGAACAGUCGCCUGACCGAGCUUUUUUCGCAUCCAUAGUCAACAUUUACAACGGCCGAUUCGAGGUGGCAACCGAAGAAAUUGCCAAAGCUAGAAAAGGUCUUGAUACGGAACUCAGCUCACUGCUAGGUGAAUCGUACCAGCGAGCUUAUCUCCCAAUGAUUCGUGUUCAGAUGCUGGCAGAACUCGAAGAGAUCAUGAUCUACAAGCAGAAUGACAGUAACCCGGAGAAGCGAGCUAGCAUGCGCAGAACUUGGAUGAAGCGUUUGAAGGGCCUGGAACCAAAUCCCGACGUGUGGCAGCGUAUGAUGAAAGUUCGUCAACUGGUCAUCACCCCUCAAGAGAGCAUGGAUAUGUGGAUCAAAUAUACCAACCUCUGUCGCAAGAAUGAACGCCAUGGUCUUGCCGAGAAAGGCCUACAGAAGCUUCUCGACAUUGAUAACGGCAAUGUUUUCACAUACGUCCGGGAUAACGUCAACAAGAUCGCUUACCCAGUCUCAUAUGCAGCUUUCAAGUUCAUGUGGGCUACCGCUAAUCAUCAAAAAGAGGCUCUUGAUAGUCUCAAGGACUUCACUUCCAGGCUAUCGGAGGAUGUUGCCAUUCGAGCGCGAUCUGCCCAGGGGGGUAUGAUGAGCCAGAACGGUAUACAUAACAGCAUGAAUGGUAUGAACGGCAUGAAUGGCAUGAAUGGCAUGAACGGAAUGUCAAAUGGUCAUAUGAACAAUUCAAUGAAUCCUUUCGCAGCGUCCAACGGAAUCAACAACCACAGUGGAAUGAAUGGCUCCAGCAUGCUCAAUGGAUCGAGUACGUACGGUUCCCCGGCAGAAUUGGUCGAGUGCCAACGAUUGCUUGCCAAAUGCUAUCAUAAAGCCGGAGAAUGGCAACAAAUAUUACAUGGCGGAGAAUGGGACCAUGAGUUUACUCAUGAGGUCCUCUCUGCAUAUCAAGCAGCGACACGAUACAACAAAGACUGGUACAGGGCUUGGCAUUCAUGGGCCCUGGCCAACUUCGAGGUCGUCAACAUGCUCACGUCACAAGCCGAUCGCGAGUCUACCGAACUACCGCCUAAUGUGGUUCACGAGCAUAUUGUUCCUGCCAUCACUGGUUUCUUCAAGUCAAUCGCUUUGUCUUCAUCAAGUUCGCUUCAGGACACUCUCCGUCUACUAACCUUAUGGUUUAGCCAUGGAGGCAUACAAGAUGUGAACCGCACUGUUUCGGACGGGACAAAACAAGUUCCCAUAGAUACAUGGCUGGAAGUGAUUCCACAAUUGCUGGCGCGCAUCAACCAACCCAACCCUACGAUUCGACAGUCAAUUCAUCAGUUGCUUAGCGAAGUCGGCAAGGCACAUCCUCAAGCCCUCGUUUUCCCACUUACUGUGUCAAUGAAAUCGGAUGUUUCGAGACGACAACGAUCGGCCAAGGAAUUGAUGGAGGCCAUGCGCGAACAUUCUCCACGACUAGUGGAACAGGCCGAUCUUGUGAGCAACGAGCUCAUUCGCAUUGCGGUCCUUUGGCAUGAGCAGUGGCACGAAGGUCUUGAAGAAGCAUCUAGGCUCUACUUUGGUGAUCAUAACAUAGAGGGCAUGUUCGCUACUCUCGCACCAUUACACGCCAUGAUUGACCGUGGACCGGAAACCCUGCGUGAAAUUUCCUUCAUUCAAUCAUUCGGCAGGGAACUCCAAGAAGCGAGAGACUGGUGCAACACCUUCCGUACAUCGAACGAAAUGGGUGAUCUUAAUCAGGCUUGGGACCUGUACUACCAAGUCUUCCGUAAAAUAUCUCGCCAACUACCUUCCCUCAUGACACUUGAGCUGCAAUAUGUCUCACCUAAGCUCAAAGACGCACAUGAUCUUGAGCUUGCUGUACCUGGGACGUAUCAAGUUGGCAAACCUAUCAUUCGCAUCGGCUCUUUCAAUCCGGUAGCCACUGUCAUUCAAUCCAAGCAGAGGCCGAGGAAAUUGGAAAUGAAAGGUAGUGAUGGCAAGGCACAUACGCAUAUUCUUAAGGGCCAUGAAGACAUCCGUCAAGACGAACGUGUCAUGCAAUUAUUCGGUCUCUGCAACACACUGCUCAUGAACGACACAGAGAGCCGGAAGCGCCAUCUCAACAUUCAACGCUACGCCGCAGUUCCUUUGUCUACACAGUCGGGUCUUCUAGGAUUUGUCCCUAAUUCGGAUACUCUACAUGUCCUGAUUCGAGAAUACCGUGACAGUCGUAAAAUUCUGCUGAACAUUGAACACCGCAUUAUGCUGCAGAUGGCCCCCGACUAUGACUGUCUCACGCUCAUGCAAAAGGUUGAAGUCUUUGGUUAUGCCCUUGAUAAUACCACGGGUCAAGAUCUUUACCGCGUUUUAUGGCUCAAAUCGAAAUCUUCAGAGGCAUGGCUGGAUCGUCGUACUAACUAUACGCGCUCACUUGCAGUCAUGUCUAUGGUAGGCUAUAUCCUUGGGCUCGGCGAUCGACACCCGUCCAAUUUGAUGCUCGACCGCGUCACUGGAAAGAUUGUGCACAUUGACUUUGGCGACUGCUUCGAAGUUGCAAUGCACCGUGACAAGUAUCCAGAGAGGGUUCCUUUUAGGUUGACGAGAAUGUUGACCUACGCCAUGGAGGUCAGCAACAUCGAAGGAAGUUAUAGAACAACUUGUGAACAUGUCAUGAGGGUCUUGAGGACGAACAAGGAGAGUGUUAUGGCAGUUCUAGAAGCUUUCAUCCACGAUCCUCUUCUAACCUGGCGCCUCGGCCAACGUGAUUCUCCACCGCAACCUACCUUCCCCUCAGAACGCCGCCAAUCCAUCAUCGGCAGCGAAGUGGCAGGCGCGCUUGUAGACCGCGAAAAUAUGUCGUCACUCGCACAGCGUCCUGGCGGCGGCCGCCAUCGUUCGUCGACUCUUCAAAACAACAACCCCGCCAACGAGGCCGAGGCUAAGGAAGUACAGAACGCGCGUGCACUCGUCGUGCUCAGCCGCGUCAAGGAAAAACUCACGGGCCGCGAUUUUGUCAGCAAGGACAAAGACGAGCUGAACGUAUACGAGCAAGUCGACAAGCUCGUCAAGGAGGCGACGAACCUGGAGAACCUGUGCCAGCAUUACAUCGGGUGGUGUAGCUUCUGGUAA